AUGACAGACAUGUUAAGAAUGCGACGGAUUACACUGCUAUCUCUAUUCAUUAGCUCAUGUCUAGCAUACAACGAUCGUUAUGCAAAAGAUUAUGGUACAAGAGAUUAUAGCGUUGAUGAAUCAGUUAUUUCGUACCCGCGAUCAGUCACGCAUACUUUCCCGAAUCGCACGCAAUGUCUGGAACUUUGCGAGUUACCCUGCACAAUCACGAAUGUUUAUAUGGAAAAUCGCAAUAUUGAAAUGUAUAACUGUGUUAAGCUUCGUCCACCCAAGGUGUCAAUGCUUGGCUCGAUCAAGGCGAACUCAUUUUACAUGACAUUGCUAGUACUCGGUGUGAUUACAUUAGCCAUAGUGUUGUUCAUCACGUUAGAAUACCUGACCGAACCCGAAGUAGGAGCUAUCAGAAAAGAACGAGACUUCUCCAGGAGGCCACGACCAACUCCACAUGUUGUCUAG